AUGCCACCACUUUAUUCGUUGGAGGAGCUCACAGCUCUGGCUGAUAUGAAUAUUUCCGAUACGGAGGAAGAAGCACUCAAGGAGCUAGGCAACGACGCCUUUCGUGUGAGAGAUUUCCGAGGGGCCAUUAAGUUGUAUACUUUGGCGCUGCAGAAUUUGCCUGACUCGCCGGCCAACUUAGAAGCACGGCGGAUACUCCUAGCAAAUCGGGGGCAGACGUAUCAUCUGUUUGGGGAUCUCUAUACUGCGCUCAGGGAUAUUGACAUGGCGCUGUCCCCUCGUUAUACAAGGCCAGAUUCACCUCGGAUAUUAACGACCAAAUGCCGCUUCCGCCGGGCAAAGCUCCUUUUCACGUUCGCGCGGUACGAUGAAGCCAAGGUAGAUUUUGACACAUUUGUGAAUCUCAUGGAUGCCUUGGACAUCUCUCUGGACGAUGCUGAGACGGACCUGGGCAAAUCCAUCGACACUGGAGUGAGUGCGCCGAAAAGCGGUCAGCGGUAUAAGAACGAGCAGCUCAUGCGUGCAAUCGACGCUCGUGGACUCGUUCUCAAACCGUUCAAUCGCCUCAACUUUCCCCGUGGAUCGACGGAUCUCCUCUUCGGUCCGCCGGUCAGCGACGAGGAUCCAAUUCUUACCUUUUAUACACGUCGGGGGACGGAAUUCCCCUCAGACAUGACACAGGCUUCCAUAGCAUAUCCUCUCUCGAUUACUGCACCGUAUUUCAAGGCGCGCCCUGAUCAGGGAGACGAGCCGUACUUAAUGCACCCGGAAGAUCCAUAUCCCGACGAUGUACAGCUGUCGUGGUUCAUGGACAACCUGUUCAAGAGCGCCAUGGUCAUGUUUCCGUCCCAUCUCUUCUCGGAUGCGGAGCACCGCCGCUGCGUUUAUGGGGCACUCGACCACGACGACCCACGACACAGCGUCGUUAUGGUGCACACGGCGCGUGGCCGCAUGCUCAUAGUCCCGCGUACCGCAACCCUUAAGCAGAUCAUCGAGGGAAGCAGAUGGCCACGCGACGAUCCGCUACCGUUUGAGGAUAGGCGCCAGCAGCCGCGGCGAAGGGACGACCCGAUAGAUGGCAUUGAACUUGGUCGGGGCGGCUCCAUUGAGCUGUAUGUCAUUCCCAAUGAAAAGUUGUCACACCAUGUUGAAUAUCACGAGAAAUGUUUCAAGUUCGUGAAAGUCGAGUGA